AUUAUGCAGACAUUAAACAAUGAACCCUUUUUUUUUUUUUGAUCCGCAACAAUGAACCCAUUUGACAUGGCUUUUCCGUAACCAAGGCUUUGCUGCCUGCGGUGGCAUCAAAUGGAUCACAGCUGAAAAGGCGCUACCGAUCGCACCGUCGUCGUCGUCUUCUUCUUCUAAUCAGGACAAGAAACCCACCAAACUCCUACACAACAUUCCACAGUAAAACCCAACCUCCCCCCCCCCCCCCCCUCUCUUCACUUGCAGAACCCAUGACACAAUGACCAGGUGUUCGGGUCAGUUUACGCGCAAAUUUUGCAAUAUGAUUGUUGUUAACAGAAGUUAGCGAAUUGGUGUUGAUAGUGAUCGUAGAUGGCGGAGUUGAUUGGCCCGAGACUGUACUGUUGCUGUAAUUGCAGAAACCAUGUUGCGCUUCAUGAUGAUGUUGUUUCUAAAGCAUUCCAGGGAAGAAAUGGUCGGGCAUUCCUUUUCUCCCAUGCAAUGAAUAUCGCUGUAGGGCCCAAAGAGGACAGGCAGCUCAUGACUGGUCUGCACACGGUUGCUGAUGUCCAUUGUGGGGACUGUCGUGAGGUGCUGGGUUGGAAGUACGAACGGGCUUAUGAGGAGACGCAGAAGUACAAGGAAGGGAAGUUUAUACUUGAGAAAUUGAAAAUUGCAAAGGAAAACUGGUAGUCCACCAUAAAGUCCCUCUUACUCUGUCCCGUCGUUGGUAUCAAAUUCUAUCAGUGUCCCUCAAGUGUAUGUUGUUCAGAAAGUGCCUCGUCCAUUCAAAAUUGUGUAGUCAUUAUUCCUUGCUGUUCGUUCCCUUCCCGCUAUGUUCCUCUGUGGAUAAUUGGAUAUCGUGUUGGAGAUUGUUGACAUUGUGAAUAAACUUGUGAAUAUGUUUCUAAUUUA